AAACGGAUGGUCGUACUCAGAGAGCUGAGUGAUAGUUGAGUUGUUACUUGUAUGUCUGGCUAGUAUAUUGGAUGUUGCUGCUGUAACUCACUCACUAACUCACUGCCACUGGAAGAGGAACUCAGGAAGAAACGGGACAGUGCGUGGCACCGAGUGAGACAAGUAUUUGAGUCGCCCUUCCUUCUAGUACAACGUGCAGCGGACUCAGCCUAAUCCCAUGCACAGUCUAGGUCCUACUAUACAGAGAAGCAAGGACAGUUGAUGUAACUGGAACACAUUUUGACAUGGGCCUUUAGUUGCCUUUGUGUGGCAUUCCCAAAAACAUACAGGUUGUAAAUGUAAGAGGAUACACACAAAGCACAUAUAUAUCAGUUAUACACAGACCAUAUGUUAGGAGAUGGGCUGCUCAAACACCACACCACAACAGGAUAUGUAUUCUGGAUAUCGAAAUGGCCAGCCCGCUCAAAACGGAAGACAAGGGACAAAUUUAAAGAGUUCUGACAUACCUGGUGAAAAUGGUUUUCCAAAGCAGCAGUGGCAAAAAUAUCCCACCGAGGAUCAGAGAAAUAGCGUUUCUGGUUCUGGUAAUGCUAACACAGCAGAGGCACAGAGCGAGGCCAAAGCUGAUAAGGACAUUAGCAUAGAAGUGAUACAGAGAUACCUGGAGAUUGUUCGACAGCUAAAGCUCUUAGACACCAAGAACACAGCCAGUGCUCUUGUGAUGAAAACUAAACUCCAGAAAAGUGUGACGAAUAACAUAGAAAAACUCACCACACAACAUGAGCUGGCCACUCAACAGAUGUUGAAAGAAAAAGCAGAUGUUGACAAUCUUCAAGCAUAUCUCAAGGAGAACUCGUCCAGCAGUAAAGAAUUUACUACUGAACAGGAGGAAUAUAUGGAAGCACUCAACAAAGUGGAAAUGGCCAAAAAGGAACUGGAUGUGGCACUAAAACAAAUUGAGACCCUGAAUUUGGAAAUACAACAGUUGCAUGCCGAAAAUAAUGAAGUGGAAACACUGCAUAGAGAGCAAGAUGAGAUAUUAGGCAAGAUAUUCGACGGGGAGUACGGCAGCGAGCAGGAGGACCAGCUGGAGUCGGAGCUGAGCCUGCUGAAAGAGCAGCAGCGGCGCAUGGACCUGACGCGAUACAACUGGCAGACGGCGCGCAUGAUGAGCCACCACGCCUGCAACCAGCUCGCCUUCGCCGUCCGACGCUGGCAGGAAUCUUCGUCGGAAACCAACCUGCAGCGAAAGACGCAUCUCGUGACGGAGGUGCGGAACUACGUCGUCGCAGCCAUACAGAACCUGCGGACGGCCGACCAGCAGCUGGAGGGCAUCACGUUUCCGUACUGCGGGCCAGAGGAGCUGGACACGUUGGGGCGCGCGGCGCACUACGUGUUCACGGACAUGCAGUCGGCAGAGCGACACGCGCACGCACUGCAGUGCUACGACGCGACGCACAAACGCUGCGCAGCCCUCUUGUAUUGGUUUACAGAGGUGAUCAAUAACAGGAUCCUUGUUGACCUAGCGAGGGUGAACGAGGAGAUGUCACAGAAAGACAGGGCGCUGCAUCGUGAGAGGAUGCUGCUGAUGCAGGAGAAGGUGAGGCAGGCUCUCGGAGAAGCGGCCGCACAAGAGAUCGACAUUGAGAGCCUAUCCAAUCCUAAUCAGGAAGUGGAGCUGCGUGAGCCGGAGGUAGAGUAUGCAGAAGCUGACCGAGUCUCCAUCUGCAGUAACAUGGCCGACGGUGAACAGCCAGAUCUACAGGCUGAAGUUACGGAGGAAACCGAUGGAGAGCAACUGCCUACUCCAGCAGUUCCUUCACAAGCAGAUUUGUUUGGUAACAUUGAAAACCUGAAGAAGCAGCAUGAAGAGGAGCUGGCAGCGUUCCAGCAAGCACAGCAGGAGAACAGGGUGCGCAUGCAGGCUGGCCUCCAGGAGAAGCUGAAUGCUCGUCGCAGACGCCGCAUACAGAUGGAGGCACAGGAGGCAGAACAAGUGGCGCUCUCUCGGGAAGGUCAACGCUGAAACGAUUCCUACCCAGAACGAAGCCGAAUGAAAUAUUGUUUCCCGUUACAGAUGAGGAAUUAAAUUUGAUGUACUUGGUUACAAGAUGAUCGGUUUUGGACCAAGCAACCUCAUUAUAGCGAAUAGCAGUUUCUUAAUCCUUUAACCACUACUAUUUUUCAUCAAAUUUGUGAUAUCUCGACAAUGCGGUUUUUAGAAGUUGAUUUACAUCAUGAAGCCAAUGCAAUUCGUAACUGGUUAUGCAACAGUUCCUUACCUGUAUACGUUUCUGAUUUGUGUGAAUUGCCAGGGUUCUGCCCACGGUGGGCGGCGGUGGGCGGGU